AUGGCUGAAGUCGAAAAAGCUGUGGAGAAACUCUCCGUUGCAGACAAUGCUAAGGCAGCUGCUCCUAAGAAGGAAAAGAAAAAGCCCCAGAACAACUUGCUUUUGGACCCUCAACCUGAGUUCAUCGACUACAGAAUCAAGAUGUUUGAUGAAUUGAAGGCCAAGUACGACGCAGAGAUCGCCGCCAAGGAGAGAGCCUCUAUCAAAAUCACCUUGAAGGAUGGCACCGUCAAGGAGGGUGUGGCCUACGAAACCAGUCCUCAGGUCAUCGCUACCGGUAUUGGUAAGUCUUUCGCUGAAAGACAGGUGAUUGCCAAGGUCGACGGCGCCUUGUGGGAUUUGGAGAGACCAUUGGAGGGUGAUGUGACUUUGGAAUUCUUGGAUUUCGAACACCCAGAAGGUAAAGCUGUGUUUUGGCACUCGUCUGCCCAUGUUUUGGGUGAAGCCUGUGAAUGUCACUAUGGAUGUCACUUGUCUUACGGUCCACCUACUGAGGAUGGUUUCUUCUACGAUAUGUCCAUCAAGAACGGUGAGGGUGUCGUUUCCCAGGAUGAUUUUGGCAACUUGGAGAAGGUCUCUACCAAGGUGAUCAAGGAAAAGCAAAAGUUCGUCAGAUUGGAAAUGACCAAGGAAGAGUUGUUGAAGAUGUUCGAGUACAACAAGUACAAGGUCCAGUUCAUUAGCGACAAAGUUCCUGAUGGAACCUCCACCACCGUGUACAGAUGUGGCCCAUUGAUCGACUUGUGCUUGGGUCCUCACAUCUUGCACACUGGUAAGAUUAAGGCUUUCAAGGUGUUGAAGAACUCUUCUUCUUACUUCUUGGGUGAUGCUGCCAACGAUUCUUUGCAGAGAGUAUAUGGUAUCUCUUUCCCAGACAAGAAGUUGAUGGAUGAGCAUUUGAAAUUCUUGAAGGAAGCCAGCGAGAGAGACCAUAGAAAGAUUGGUAAAGAGCAGGAAUUGUUUUACUUCAACGAGAUGUCACCUGGUUCCGCAUUCUGGUUGCCUCACGGUACCAGAAUCUACAACACCUUGGUGGACAUGUUGAGAAGUGAAUACAGACAGAGAGGUUACGAGGAGGUUAUCACCCCUAACAUGUACAACACCAAGUUGUGGGAGCAAUCUGGUCACUGGGGUAACUACAAGGAGAACAUGUUUGCAUUUGAGGUCGAGAAGGAAACUUUCGGCUUGAAGCCAAUGAACUGUCCUGGUCACUGUAUUCUCUUCAAGAGCCGUGAGAGAUCCUACAGAGAGUUGCCAUGGCGUGUUGCCGACUUUGGUGUUGUUCACAGAAAUGAGUUUUCCGGUGCUUUGUCUGGUUUGACCAGAGUCCGUCGUUUCCAGCAAGACGAUGCCCACAUCUUCUGUCAGCAGGACCAGAUCGAGCAGGAGAUUGCUGGUGUGUUUGAUUUCUUGCAGAAGAUCUACGGUAUCUUCGGUUUCGAGUUUAAGAUGGAGUUGUCCACCAGACCAGACAAGUACGUCGGAGAGAUUGAGACUUGGAACAACGCCGAGAAGAACUUGGAGAACGCUUUGAACAAGUUCAUGGGUGAGGGUAAGUGGGAGUUGAACCCAGGAGAUGGUGCUUUCUACGGACCAAAGAUCGAUAUCAAGAUCAGCGAUGCCUUGAGAAGAUGGUUCCAGUGUGCCACAAUCCAGUUGGAUUUCCAGAUGCCUUCCCGUUUCGAGUUGGAGUACAAGGCUGACACCAAUGAGAAGGAGAACACUAUGGCCAGACCAGUGAUGAUCCACAGAGCCAUCUUGGGUUCCGUGGAGAGAAUGACUGCCAUUUUGACCGAGCACUACAAGGGUAGAUGGCCAUUCUGGUUGUCUCCAAGACAGAUUUUGGUUGUCCCAGUCGGUGUUAAGUACUUCGAGUACGCCGAGCAAUUGAAGGAACAGUUGGUUAAGAAGCACCAUUUCUACGCCGAUGUGGACCUUUCUGGUAACACUUUGCAGAAGAAGGUGAGAACCGGACAAUUGUUGAAGUACAACUUCAUUUUCAUUGUGGGAGAACAGGAACAGGCUGAGAACAGUGUGAAUGUGAGAAAUAGAGACAUUCAGGAGGAGCAAGGUAAGAACGCCACUGUUAACUUCGACUUGGUUGUUGACCAGUUGCACAAGUUGGCUGAGGAGAAGAGACAAGACAACAAGUUGAUUUAG